UUCUUGUUUCAGGUGUGUACAUCUCACCUGCAUGCAUCAAGUAGACUUAGUAUCAUGGCCAGCCAGCUGCUUUCCGGAUGACGGAAGAGCGGAAAGACGCGGCAGAGGAGCCACAAGAGUCGAAUGACGGGCCGAACUUGGCGGAUGCCGAUGCCAGUUCGCAAUGCUUGAAUGUGCCCAUUGGGGACAGUUCCGAUGUUAGCGGACAGACUGUGGUUCAGAAAGUGGUCUCUCCCAGCGCUUCUCGUAGCCAAGGCCGAAAGCGGACGCGGUCAAGCCGCCGCAGUCAGCGCAGUCCCCAAAAAGGCCGGUACAGGGAGCGAAACUUUCGUUCACGACGGACUGGGCAACAAGGCUCUGAAGGUCCUGCCAAGAACAUGGUGGCAGGUCCUGUAAUCCGAGAUGGGAAACCCAUCUACAGCUACGGAAACUACGAUCCGUACUACAGACAACGCUUUGAUCGGUGCGCUGCAGUCGAUCCUCGAAUUGAGGCGCUCUUGCAGUACUGUGGCACCGAGCUCUUUAGAGACAAGGUCGUGCUGGAUGUCGGCUGCAACUCAGGCUUCAUCGCUUUCUUAGUUGCCGCUGUGGGUGCUCGACGCGUGGAGGGCGUGGACGUGGAUUCUACGCUCAUCUCCAAGGCUUUGAGGCG